UGUCAGCGCUGAAGGUGUGGAAUUGUGGAGAGCUUUGUGUUUCCGCGUUUGGGUGGGCGAUCUUGUGUUCGAAUCCAGCUUUCCACACAUCCCACUUCUGCACCAGAUCUCCAGAGUCCAGACCUAAAAUUGGAAGUUGAGACUGACCAGUGACCAUACGCUCGCAAAAGGCCGACUACAAACCUCUGCCGACCGCCGAUUGCUGACUGCCGCUUGGAACUUGGUUUGAUGAGUUCCCUUGGUUGGAAUAUAGCAUUGCAAAGGAUGCUACCGUGCAUUGCCACAACAUGAAGUCCGUUCUUCCAUCAAAUAACGGAACUUCAAACUUCAAGGUAGUCAUAGUUCCACUCAAGCAGCAAUCAACCAAUACCAAACAAUCCAAAUUUGAGGAAACUUGUCUCAAAAAAUGGAAUCAAGACGUCAAAAUUAGUCAGAACCAACUUCUCUCCAGAAAUCAACAGCGGGACCCACACGAUGACUGGACUUGGUGAUGUGGCGCUGACUAGAUGAUGACGUGGCACUCAGACCCACAAAAUGCUAGCGUGGCACUCACGGACCCACCUCUGCUGACUGGACCACCUCCUCCUCCGCUGAAGUGGCACUCCCUCCUCUUGCUUCUUCCUCUAUCUCCUUCAUCCCUAGACUGCAACUCUGUAAUUAAUAAUUCUUUUCUGAUGUGGAAGAUCAGUCAAAGCUGCAACCACAGAGCAUACUAAGAAUUAUAAUUACCAGAUCACCUUGGCUGUGAUACUACUUGUUAGGCUCCCUACUGCAAACAAAUGGAAAGGAAAGAAAAAAAAGGAACACACAAAAAUAUUUAACGUGGUUCGGCACCUCAAGACCUACAGACAAAAAAAGGAAUACACAAUUAUAUAGAUUAAAGGAUUGUGUUGGGUGUUAGAAGCCUAUACCCCUCUCUAUUUAUAGGCUCUUCCCUCCUCAAUUUUCCUAUACCACGGAUCACGGAUGUGGGACAACAAGUUACUAUUCACUGCCGAUCUUAAACCCUUGCUUUCACCUUGAAUUUGUUGAACUUUUGGACCAAUUCUUAGAGCUCUAGAAUCGUUUUGGGCAUGGCAAUCCAUUGGGCGCUGGAUUGAUCAAGAAUCGCAGGUCAACCUUCUCGAGUUACUGUUCAUCUGAGACUCUUGAAGGUUCAAUUCACCUCGGUCCAAGCUCGUUUGAAGGCCAAUUUUUGGGGGAUUAUGGGCGACUUGGGAUGCUCUUUCAACACCUGAAAUUGGUUUUCCAAACCGGCUGAAGGAAGCUGCGAAUUGAGCAAAAAUUUUGGACACGGAGUCACUGUUCACAGCGAGUUCUUCAAGUCCAGGUUUACCCAUGCUUUUUGCUCGUUUUCCAUCCCAUUUUCUGGUAUUGUGUUCGUGAUUCAAGGGCCAUUCAACGUCUGGUGUUGGAAUCCUAAUUCAAACAACUUGAUUUUGGUCUCUUUGAUUUGGUUGCUCGAGUUACUGUUCACGUUCUAGUGUACCUGUGAGGUGUGCGGUUUUGCUACUGGUCUAGCCUUUAUUGCUUGGGCUGGUGAUUUUUUUCAGAAGGUAGUAUGAGAGUUAUAUUUGAGUCUUCAUGUGGCAGUAUGAGAGUUAGAUUUGAGUUUCUGAUUCUAAAUAUUUAGUUAAUUCUUUAAGCUUUAUACUUUAUUUCAAAAGGAUUUCAGAAUUGAAAAUUGUUUUUGUUCUUAAAAAGUUAUUUCAAUGUCUAGCUAGCAAAUAAAAUUUGGACAAUGAAUUGGUUCUCUACUUCACAAUCUGUAACUUUAGAUUGUUACUUUGCAUAGUAUGUUUAAGUUUUUUCUUCUUUAUACUAUACGCUUUACCUUUAUUUGUUGAUUCAAAAGUAGACAAUUCUAACUAUAUAUAUUUUUUGUGCUUAUUUGUGGCUAUUUGAAUUUGAGAAUUUGUAUGCAAACCAAAGUGAAAAAAGAACAUGAGCUUCAUAAAUCAGAAUCAAGAUUUUGCAUAUUCUUUUGCAGAGUGUGACGAAGUUUGUCACAUAUGCUACUGUACUGCCUUUUUGAUUGUGUUCGAAAAGUGUUUCAUUACUGAAUUCAAUUUGGGAACUAAAGCUUCAGUGCUCACUUGUAAGUUGUAAUUUGCAUGAAGGGACUUUAAUUUGGGGUUUUACUUUGGGCCUACGUUGUAGCCUCAUGUCUUUUUCAAUUUAUUUUGGUUGUUUCUCUUCUCUUUUUGGGAGAAAGCUUUCGUUUUAGUUUUGAUGAUGAUUUGUGGCUAAGAAGCAGCGAGGGGAAAUUUUUUAAAUUCUUCUCAUUAGAAUUAGUCAAAUGAUACAUCUAAUGAGUAUUUUGUUCAAUCCUUCAUAUAUAGGAGGGGGCACACGUUCAAUGAAAUGGCUCACCUUCCAACAAGGCAACUUUUGCAGUACGGUCCAAGGAAGCUUCUGAACCUAUACUCCAACCAAGGAUAUAACUUCUGUGGAUGUCCCUCCUGAUAAUACUAAGGAUUGUUUGGUGUCUCCUGAAACCGAGAAGGCUGUUUUGACCACUAGCAAAUCUGUGAUAACUUUGGAUGACGGUGUAACUGAAUAGGUUGAUGCUGCUUCUUUGUCUUUAAUUGGUAAUGAUGUUCCAGUAAGUAUAUAUACUACUGACACAGGGAUAUUUUUACUUAAACUCUAAUCCCCCGCCCCCAUAAAUUUAUACAAAAAACUAAGUAGGCUUCUUUGAUAACUUAUGAAUCUAGGAGUAAAUUUCCUCUCAUUAAAACUUUUUAAUGAAGGUUUUUCUUUCUUUAACUACAACUUUUACUCUCAUUAAAGGACAUAUUUCUUGUAGUGUUUGUUCAUGAAGCUGUAAUGGUAUUGUUAAGAGAAAUAGGACACAACCAGCUACGUGGAAUGGUUUUCUGUGGCAUCACUGGGUUUGGCUAGACUACUUCGUUGGAGAGCCACCCAAAGCUGCUGUUGGCAAAUCAUGAUCUCUAGUGCUGCCAUUUUCGAAUAGCAUACUCCAUUGUGCUGUUUGUUUACUGAACUCAGUCUUCUUGAGGGAUGGGAUGGCACACAUAUGUUGCUGGCAGACCAACUUGUCCCUUGCACUGGGUGACUUCUGUUUGCUGUGGUUUGGUCUACCACUACCCGUUCCUUUCAUACAUUGGUCCCUGAUUUUGGUCUUCCAACUUAAAGGAGAUGGUGGUCUCUUUCUGCUUCGGGUUUGUUUUGCUGCUUUGGAAUUGCUUUGAAGCUGCUGCUGCACGGAACUUGGAGUUGCUGUGCAAUAACCAGAGGACCUGUUGCAUGAUGGCGCUGCUGUGCUCCUGCUGCAACCACUGAGCUACUGUCUGGAGGACCUGCUGAUGCUCAUAGUUGGCGUACAGGUGCUGCGUACAGGUUGAAAUUGCACCUACUACUGGAUUUUGCUACUGGAUUUUGUUACUGCUUGGGAUCUACUGGUGCUGACCAUGGAACCUUCUACCUGGGCUGAUUUAUUGGAUACCAAGGGCUGUGGAUUAGCCUUUGGAUGAUGGAAUUCUUGGAUGUCAUGAUAUGUUUAUGUUAUCUCACAAAUGUAUAUAUGUCAUGUGCUUAACUAUGAGGAUGGUUUAUUUGCCUACCUAGACUACUAUUGCUUGGGCUUGGUCUUAGUCAUGGAUUUCUUUGAGUUGGUCUUGGGAAUUUCUUGGGAAAUACACUGGAAUGGGGUGAUGAUGUUGUUCCCUCUUCCACAAGCUAAAUGGUCAAGCUUAAGUCAUUGGGGAGAGUAAAACCAUGGCUAAAAACCAAUCUUUGUGUAAUUGGCACUCCUACCUUGAAGAUUUGGUCUUUAUUCUUUAAUUUGAGUAAUUUGAGAAUAUGG